AUGUCUCCUUUUGGCGAGACAAUUGCUGUGAUCGACAAAUCCGGCAAGGUAGUAAGCACGAGUAAACAUCUAUUUGGUGUCUUCAGUCACGCCAAAAAUGCCUAUCGCGAACGCAAAGCGCAGGUUCAAUCUGAACGCAAUGCCAAGAUCGCGGAACGAGAAGCUCUGAGGGCAUUGCAGAACUAUCAUAUCGACGAUGCACCAUCGGUCGCCCCCUCUCGCCGAAGUAGAAGCACCCACUCGCGACACCACUCGGGCCGGAGUCAACAUCAUCGGCAUCAUCGACCACCCUCGCAGUAUGGAUCGCAGUAUGAACCACAGGACGAACCGCAGUAUGAGCAACACUACGAACAGGAUCGGCAGUCGGUAGCCUCGCGCCCAGAUUCGUUCUAUGCCCCACCCUCGGAUAUGGUGCGGCGUCACACCCAUCAUGAUCUGACCGUAAGGGAACCCGAGCCACGACCGCCGGCGAAUCGCUCCAAGUCAGAGGCCCAUAUCGAUCUAGACCUGGCAUAUGGCGAGUUUCAUCCUUCAGCCAUGACCAAGGGUCCAUCCCCUCAGCAGCAGCAGCUCCAGCGAAUCGAGGAUCCCGAACUCAAUGGCCUGGUGGGCCGCGCCCAAUGGCUUCUGGAGGAAGCCAACUGCGUGCAUCACACCGCCACUGCCACCAUUGCCCACCUCCAGAAGAAUCCGGACGCUAUGGCUGCUGUCGCGCUGACCUUGGCCGAAAUCAGCAACCUGGCCACGAAGAUGGCGCCCGCCGCAUUGUCGGUUCUUAAAUCAGCCGCUCCCACGAUUUUUGCCCUGCUGGCGAGCCCGCAGUUCUUGAUUGCCGCUGGCGUUGGUCUCGGGGUCACGAUUGUCAUGUUCGGUGGUUACAAGAUUAUCAAACAGAUCUCGUCCGCCACUGGCAUCGGGGGCAACGAAGUGAGCCGCGGCCCAGAAGAAGACGAGCAAACCGUUGUCAUGGAGGAGAUGAUCGAGUUCGAUACAGAUUGCCUCAGCGGAGUGGAAAUGUGGCGGCGUGGGGUCGCUGACGCCGAAGCAGGCAGCCUGGGCACUUCUGUUGAUGGUGAAUUCAUCACCCCGACGGCCGCCGCCAUGUCCGGGAUUGAUAUCACGACGGCGCGCAUGAUGCGCGAUCCCCGGUUCAAAUUCAACGAGGAGGAGUCCGUCGCAUCGUCCCGUCGGUCCCGUCGGUCCCGGGCUCCAAGAAGUAGCUCUCGUCAGCACCACUAUGAUGUUGACGCGCGAACCGAGUCGUAUGCAGGCUCCAAGGCACCGUCAGUGGCCCCUUCGCGAGCGCCGUCCAACGCCUUCUCCAAGGCCCCCUCGAAAGCACCGUCGAGAGCCCCAUCCAAGGCGGAAUCGCGCCAUUCAGACCGAGACAAAAAACCCAAGGAGAAGAAAAAGCGGUCCAGUCGAUUGCGCUUGAUGUUCACUGCUUGA